GAGAGCCAGCUUUCAAUGGCCUUCCCCGAACAAAUAAAGGCUAAAAUAAUUAUUUGUAUUGACCAACAGGUUGCGCUGUGCAGAAAGCAAGCUCCUCACCAGGUCCGCAUCGCCCUCUCCGCUGUGUUCGUCGUUGACUGUGUUGUAUCCGGAGCUCAGUAUUUGCUGAAGUUUAUGUUUCUUUGUAGGAUCCAAAGAGUCAUAUCUGAGCAGUUAUUAACCUCUCUGGGACACGUUUGCACAUUGCGUAAUUCCCGAUCCCUCACGUCUAAAAUGGCUUUCCAGUACCCCCCUGUGUACCGUGACGAGGCCGUGGUAGAUGAUUAUCAUGGCAAUAAAAUCCCGGAUCCGUACAGCUGGCUGGAGGACCCGGACAGUGAGAAGACACAGGCCUUUGUCAACGCCCAGAACCAGCUGACCAUGCCCUAUCUGGAGCGCUGCGAGGUGCGAGACCUGUUCAAGGAGCGGAUGACCGAGCUCUACGAUUACCCCAAGUACAGCUGCCCCUUCAAGAGGGGAAGCAGGUACUUCCACUUCUACAACACGGGUCUCCAGAACCAGAGCGUGAUGUACGUGCAGGAGAGCCUAGAGGCGGAGCCCACCGUCUUCCUGGACCCCAACACCUUCUCUGAAGAUGGGACGGUGGCCCUCAGAGGCUAUGCCUUCUCCGAGGACGGGGAGUACCUGGCGUACGGCACCAGCGACAGCGGCUCGGACUGGGUGGAGAUGCGCUUCCUGCGCGUGGAGGGCGCCUCGCUGCUGGAGGACCGGCUGAAGCGCGUCAAGUUCAGCUGCAUGUCCUGGACGCACGACGGCAAGGGGCUCUUCUACAACUCCUACCCCCAGCAGGAGGGCAAGAGCGACGGCACGGAGACGUCCACCAACCUGCACCAGAAGCUGUAUUACCACGUGCUGGGCACCCCCCAGGCCCAGGACUCCCUCUGUGCCGAGUUCCCCGAGCAGCCCAAGUGGAUGAGCGGCGUCGAGGUGUCGGACGACGGGCGCUACAGCCUGCUGUCCAUCAGGGAGGGCUGUGAACCGGUCAACAAGCUGUGGUACUGUGACCUCCACAGCCUCCCGCAAGGCAUCACUGGCCUCCUGCCCUGGGUCAAGCUCAUCGACAACUUUGACGCCGAGUACGAGUACGUGACCAACGAGGAGACGGUGUUCACCUUCAAGACCAACCUGGACGCGCCGCGCUACCGCCUCAUCAACAUCGACUUCUCCUCUCCGGCCCAGGGCGGCUGGCAGGAGCUCAUCCCCCAGCACGACAAGGACGUCAUCGUGUUCGCCACCUGCACCUACUCCAGCUUCCUGUUCGUGUGCUUCCUGCACGACGUGAAGAACGUGCUGAAGAUGUACCGGCUGGGCUCCGGGGAGGAGCUGCGGACCUUCCCCCUGGACGUGGGCUCCGUGGUGGGCUUCACCGGCCGCAAGAUGGACUCGGAGAUCUUCUACUACUUCACCUCCUUCCUCUCGCCAGCUAUCAUCUACCACUGCGACCUCACCAAGGAACCCCUGCAGCCCCACGUGUUCCGGGAGGUCACCGUCAAGGGCUUCGACCCCUCCGAGUACCAGACCACACAGAUCUUCUACCCCAGUAAGGACGGCACCCAGGUGCCCAUGUUCGUGGUGCAUAAGAAGGGGCUGAAGCUGGACGGCUCCCACCCCGCCUUCCUCUACGGCUACGGCGGCUUCAACAUCUCCAUCACGCCCAGCUACAGCGUCUCCCGCCUCAUCUUCGUGCGCCACCUCGGCGGGGUGCUCGCCGUGGCCAACAUCCGCGGCGGCGGGGAGUACGGAGAGACCUGGCACAAGGCCGGCAUGCUGGCCAACAAGCAGAACUGCUUUGAUGACUUCCAGUGUGCCGCCGAGUAUCUGGUGAAGGAGGGCUACACCACCUCCGCCAAGCUCACCAUCAACGGAGGCUCCAACGGGGGGCUGCUCGUAGCGGCGUGUGUGAACCAGAGGCCGGACCUCUUCGGCUGUGCCGUGGCCCAGGUGGGCGUCAUGGACAUGCUCAAGUUCCACAAGUUCACCAUCGGACACGCGUGGACCACCGACUUCGGCUGCGCCGACAUUAAGGACCAAUUUGAUUGGCUUAUCAAGUACUCCCCGCUCCACAACAUCCGCGUGCCGGAGGGCGAGGGCGUGCAGUACCCGUCGGUCCUGCUGCUGACGGGCGACCACGACGACCGCGUGGUGCCGCUGCACUCGCUCAAGUACCUGGCCAUGCUGCAGCACGUGGUGGGCCGCAGCCCGCGCCAGACCAACCCGCUCUUCAUCCACGUGGACACCAAGUCGGGCCACGGCGCCGGCAAGCCCACCAGCAAGGUCAUCCAGGAGGUGGCCGACACCUACGCCUUCAUCGCCCGCUGCCUCAACCUGAGCUGGAUCAAAUAGUCGCCCCGGCAAUCGCGCCCCUCUCCCACCCAAACGCUCGCACUCCCCUCUCAACCCCCCCCACUGCCUCUUUGCAGUUUGUUUAUCACCCCCCUGCACUUCACACACAACGGUUCUGAUGGGUUACCGGUCUUUUUAUUGAAAUGAGUGCUUUGAGCUAACAAUGCUGCAUUAAUCAACUCACAAGACAUCCCGUUCUCGUUCAAGCCUCAAGCCGUCUUCAACCAUAGGCUGUCCCGUCGCCAUCCAUUUCUCUCUCUCUCUCUCUCUCUAGCUCUCUCAUAUCUCUCUCGCUCUAGCUCUCUCUUGCACUCUCUCUAGCUCUCUCGCUCUCGCUCUCGCUCUCGCUCUCGCUCUCUCUAGCUCUCUCUCUAGCUCUCUCUCUCUAGCUCUCUCUGUCUAGCUCUCGCUCUCUCCCUAGCUCUCGCUCUCUCUCUCUCUAGCUGUCUCUCUAGCUCUCUCUCUGGUCUGUCUAGCUCUCUCUCUCUAGCUGUCUCUCUAGCUCUCUCUCUCUGGUCUGUCUAGCUUGUAAAAAGGAAGAACUCUGGUCUGUUGUUGGGCACGUCCCUAAGCUAACAGCGCAGCACUUGUAGCCAGUUCUCCCUCCCAUCUUCUGUUGGCAGAGAAUUCACUUGUCUCUUAUAUAUUUCUUUUUUUAUAUGUAUGAUUAAUUAAAAGGAAACAACGGUUGCAAAGGAGUCUCCCUUUGACUCUUGAGGGGGAGAUGGCUCCUGUUACGCUCAUGAAAUCAGCCAUCACAUUAAUCAUUUCAAGGUCACUAAGAACACUAAAUUACUGUCAAAGCCGCGGCAUCCAGACUAUUUAUUUCCAUUAGAACUCCAGGAAAAAGGCAUAUGUAGUACUUUAUGUAGACACACGGUAUUGCGCAUUUAAUGCAAGAUGCAACUGAAAUUGCCAGGGCGUGAGUGCAAAUGCAAAUGCUCUCUCUUUUUUGAGUGUGUACACGUGUUUGAGUAUUCAUACAUAUGUUAAUGUGUUAAAGGUCAACCCUCAUACCCCUUUUUUUAAGAAGUUGAUUUCUACCUCUGGACAUAUGCUGAUUCUUUUGCCUUUUUUUUUUUAAAGGGAACUGAACGAGAUUGGCACUUCAAUAAAAAAAUAAUGUUUUUUCUUUUUUUU